AUGACGCAGACUCCUCCUACUUCAGUGCCAACCCCGGUAGGCCUGGGCUACAGAGAUGAGCCAAUGGCCGGAGACUUUCUGAAGAGGCGGAGCUUUCUCAGCUGCCUCGGCUCCAUGUCUGACAUCACAAGCCCUCCUGCUGACCUGAUCUUGGACAGGGGGUGUGGCCAAGUCCGCCCCAGGAAGUUCGGCAGCGUGGGCGGGGCUUGUUGGGAGACCUCCACGUCCAGCAGAGCCUCGUCAGAGCCCGUGACCUUUGACCCUGCCAGGAUCAGUGCCUGGCUGGGGAAGACUCCCAGGGAUGACCCCUUCUUCUCUGGCCCCACCCUCCGAGACCCUGGCAGCCAAUCAUGUUCCAGGUCUGUCCAGACUGACCUGCAGUCCCCAGACCCAGACAGCUCUGCUGUGCUGACCAACACCCCCACGCUGACCCUCGCUCUGGCCUUCCCCUGCCAGUCUUACAGUCCAGGAGAUUCCCCCUCACCUGUACCUCCUCUCACCGUCCAGUCACCUGUACCCCUGACCUCCUGGGAACCCACUGACUGGGGUCAAAGGUCACCUCAGAGCUGGGAGGACAGACCGUCUGCCAAAUGUGCCAUGAGCCAUGUGCCAUGA